GAGACCAGAAGGCAGCGAGGAAAGUAUAAAAUAACGAGACUCGCAGAAGCCUGACGAGAGCAAACUGCCAUAAAACCGAGAGGAGCAGAAGCAGAAGCAGAAGCAGAAAGAUAAGCAGAAGAAAAGCAGCAGCAGAAGCAGCAGAAGAAGAAGAAACGUCAGAUUCUACUCUUUAUCAUCUUUAACCACUGACACUGAAAGAUGUCUGCAGCCAAGGGCACAGCGAUCGGUAUUGACCUGGGCACCACCUACUCCUGCGUGGGCGUCUUCCAACACGGCAAAGUGGAAAUCAUCGCCAACGACCAGGGCAACAGGACCACGCCCAGCUAUGUGGCGUUCACCGAUACCGAGAGGCUCAUCGGCGACGCGGCCAAGAACCAGGUGGCGCUGAACCCCAGCAACACGGUGUUUGACGCCAAAAGGCUGAUCGGGAGGAAGGUGGAGGAUCCGGUGGUGCAGGCGGACAUGAAGCACUGGCCCUUCAAGGUGGUGGGAGAUGGAGGGAAGCCCAAGAUCCAGGUGGAGCACAAAGGGGAGGAGAAGAGCUUCUACCCCGAGGAGAUCUCCUCCAUGGUCCUGGUGAAGAUGAAGGAGAUUGCAGAGGCAUACCUGGGCCACAAGGUGUCCAACGCGGUGGUCACGGUCCCGGCGUACUUCAACGACUCCCAGAGGCAGGCCACCAAAGACGCCGGCGUCAUCGCGGGACUCAACGUCCUGAGGAUCAUCAACGAGCCCACAGCGGCCGCCAUCGCCUACGGUCUGGACCGAGGCAAGACGGGAGAACGCAACGUCCUGAUCUUCGACCUGGGCGGGGGCACCUUCGACGUGUCCAUCCUGACCAUCGAGGACGGCAUCUUCGAGGUCAAGGCCACGGCCGGAGACACGCACUUGGGCGGAGAGGACUUUGACAACCGCAUGGUCAACCACUUUGUGGAGGAGUUCAGGAGGAAACACAAGAAGGACAUCAGGCAGAACAAGAGGGCCUUGAGGAGGCUGCGCACGGCGUGCGAGAGGGCCAAGAGGACCUUGUCCUCCAGCUCGCAGGCCAGCAUCGAGAUCGACUCUCUGUUCGAGGGCGUGGACUUCUACACGUCCGUCACCAGGGCUCGAUUCGAGGAGCUGUGCUCUGACCUCUUCCGGGGAACUCUGGAGCCCGUGGAGAAAGCUCUGAACGACGCCAAGAUGGACAAGGGGCAGAUCCACGAUGUGGUCCUGGUCGGGGGCUCCACCCGCAUCCCCAAGAUCCAAAAGCUCCUGCAGGACUUCUUCAACGGCAGGGAGCUGAACAAGAGCAUCAACCCCGACGAGGCGGUGGCGUACGGCGCUGCCGUCCAGGCUGCCAUCCUCACGGGCGACACCUCGGGCAACGUUCAGGACUUGCUUCUGCUGGACGUGGCGCCCCUGUCCCUGGGGCUGGAGACGGCCGGAGGGGUCAUGACGGCGCUGAUCAAACGCAACACGACGAUCCCCACCAAGCAGACCCAGGUCUUCAGCACCUACGCCGACAACCAGCCGGGGGUCCUCAUCCAGGUCUACGAAGGGGAGCGCGCCAUGACUAAGGACAACAACCUGCUGGGCAAGUUCGAUCUGACAGGAAUCCCGCCGGCUCCGCGGGGCGUCCCGCAGAUCGAGGUCACUUUUGACGUGGACGCCAACGGCAUCUUGAACGUGUCGGCGGUGGACAAGAGCACCGGCAAGGAGAACAAGAUCACCAUCACCAACGACAAGGGCCGGCUGAGCAAGGAGGAGAUCGAGAGGAUGGUGCAGGACGCCGACAAAUACAAGGCCGAGGACGACCUUCAGAGAGACAGGGUCUCCGCCAAGAACUCCUUGGAGUCCUACGCCUUCAGCGUGAGCAGCAGCCUGCGGGACGAGAACCUGAGGGGCCAGGUGAGCGCGGAGGACCUGAAGAAGGUGACGGAGAAGUGCGAAGAGACCGUCGCUUGGCUGGAGAACAACCAGCUGGCCGAGAAGGAGGAGUACCAACACAAGCAGGAGGAGCUUGAGAAGGUGUGUAACCCGGUCAUCAGCAAGCUGCACCAGGGAGGGAGGCCUGCGGCCAGCUGUGGAGAGCAGGCACGAGCCGGCUCCCAGGGGCCCACCAUUGAGGAGGUGGACUAAAGGAGGCACUUCAUGUGGACUCUGUGGGACUUUUGGAGAGACGCCACGUUGGCGGGUUUUAUACGAGUAAUUAUUAUCCUCAUUUUGUCUGCCUUGCUGGACAAUAAGGACGAAACAUUAAUGAGAUAUUAUAAUGUGUCUUUGUUCAGGGUAUAUGUGCUCAUUCUGUGACAACACUACAGAACACGUUUAAUUCAGCCACUAUGCUGCCUUGUUAUUUUCUGUAUUGUUGAUGAAUUAAAACGGCUUCUUUUACAUGUGUAUAUUUUAUGGUUACUUCUGUUUCGUUGUAAAAGAGUUUUAUUAAUUUAAUAAACUAAACUGUGAAUUGGAAAAAAAA